CUGUUUGACCAUAAAUACCGGAUAGAGGAAGGGACAGAAAAGCCUCAAAGAGUGUUUCAUUAACAAGGACUUGCACACCCAGAAGGAGUCCCCAUCUGGGACCCAGAACUCCUCAGAGGAGAGAAGUCAUCGUAAGAUAUUGACAGACACCAGCAGAAACUCAGCAAGAGCUGUCGUUGGGGACAGCACCAGCUACAACAUCAUGACAUCUCAACCUGUGCCCUCUGGCACAUUCAUGAUUGUAACCCCGGUGGAAUCAGUAUCCCCCAGAUGGAACAGCCUGGACCUUCCUCUGAGUCAAACGACAACCAGAAGAAAGGGCUUAAGGAGGAGUCCAAAGCUCUUGGGACCGUCCAGAUCUUGACUGGCCUGAUGAUUUUGGGUGUGGGCAUCAUUUUGGCAUGCGCGCAUGAUUCAUCCUACUUCAGUCCUUCCUGUUCCAAAAUCGUGAAGUCUGGCUACCCAUUUGUAGGUGGGGUGUCGUUUAUCAUUUCUGGAUCAUUGUCUAUAGCAUCAGAAAAGAAGAAAACGAAAUCUUUGACCCGCUUCAGCCUGGCUGCAAACGUGAUCUGUGCCAUCGAGGCCACGGCUGGGCUCAUCUUGCUCUCUGUUGUCCUACCAGAGGUGAAGGAAGAUUUAGCUCAGUGUGUUCACCAAGUCCUCAACACACAACAGCAGGACCAAGAAAGACAGGAAGAUGUUGUUACCCCUGGUUACCAUCCUUACUAUCCUGCUCCCAGUCCCUGGGCAUGCCAGGUGGCUGGCUCUGCUCUCACUGGGACUCUGUCUGUGAUGUUGAUCUUCACUGGUUUGGAGUUAAGUGUUGCCGUGUUUGCUGCUAUCUUCAGUUGGAGGAGACUGUCAGUAGACUCUAAUGGGAGAGUCCUCUUCCUACCACAUGGUCACCAUAUCAAUUCCAGCUUAAGGACAGCUCUUCAUGACCCUGCCUAUGAAGAACUGGGGGCAUCUACUUAGAAGAUGAUGUGGGUUUCCUUCUGAGGGUUUUGCAGGUCACCAUCACAUAAGAGAGCCAAUACCCAAGAGAACUGUGAUUCAAGGUCCUGUAAACUUUCAAUUUGGAUGGAGAGGCAAAACAUGUUUUCCUUUAAUGUAAAUUUCUUUUUUCCGCAUGGAUUGUCAACUUCCCAAGUUCAUCCUUGGCCUCAGCGUCAUGGAGGGUUUCCAAGAAAGAAUAUCUCUGUUGAGCACUUCCCCUCCACCCUGGACUCCCCUGCUGUUAUCAUAUGAGCUGUGGAUAUCCAGAUCGGGUGAAUGCAGCUACCACUUCUGGUGAAACAGAGCCAUAUUAUUUCCUUCUUAUGUUUGCCUUUUGCUGCUCACAGGCUUGGGCUAGAGAGCUGAGGGCCCAGUCUCUUGCUAAGUCUCCACAUUCACUUUGCCUGUCUAUAUACAAAGGACAUGAAGCUUCAGGUUAAAUCAGGGGAAUGCUGCUGUGAUUUGCUUACUAAUAAAAUUUUCAACUAUAAGA